AUGAUCUACUUGAAAACCGUUCUUAACGUCAUCGAUAACUCUGGCGCACAGCUUGCUGAGUGCAUCAAAGUCUUACGUCAUAAUCCAAAAAACUUCGCCAAGGUUGGUGACGAAAUUACCGUCGUCAUUCAAAAGGCUAGACCUUUGACCACAGAUAUCACCGGACAAUCAGCCAACAAUAGAGUAAAAAGAAGAGACAUAUGUCGUGCUAUUGUGGUGAGAACUAAAUCUCCAUUUAGAAGACCAGAUGGCAGUAUAGUUAGAUUUGAUGAUAACGCUUGUGUAUUGAUUAAUAAGAAUGGUGAUCCAUUAGGAACCAGAGUUUCAUCGGUGGUAGCAAAAGAGUUGAAAGAAUUACAAUAUAAUAAGAUUGUUGCAUUAGCACCAAAGAUUUUUUAA